AUGGAGGUCUACAAGGACCCUGUGAUGCUGCCGUGCUGCCACAGCUUCUGUAAGGCCUGUCUGUACGACUGGUGGAGAGAGAAUGUGACUCGGCAGUGUCCAGUCUGUAGGAGGUGCUCCUCCAUGACAGAUCCUCCGUCUAAUCUGGUUCUUAAGAACCUGUGUGACACCUUCUCUCAGCAGCUGAACCGUCCCUCUCUGCCCGAGGCCAUCUGCCCACAUCACAAAGAGAAAGUACAGCUCUUCUGUUUGGAUCAUCAACAGCCCGUGUGUCUGGUCUGUCGAGAUUCCAGAGCACAUCACGAGCACAAGUUCAGACCCAUCAAUGAAAUGGCCCAGUACUACAGGGAGCAGCUGCAGAAGAGUCUGCUGCCCCUACAGGACAGACUGCGGAUAAGCAGUGAUGUGAUCCACCACUGGUAUCAGACCAGUGAGUACAUCAAACAGGAAGGUGACCGCACAGAGAAGCGCUUUCAGGAGGAAAUUAACAAAAUGAGAGACUUUCUGCAGAAGGAAGAGCAGGAGAGGGUCCAGGCUGUGAGGACUGAGGUGCAGCAGAAGGUCAGCCUGAUGGAGCAGCACGUCGCUGCUCUGUCUGAAGAGAUGGAGACUCUGUCAAACACCAUCAAACAAACACAGGAGGAGCUCAAAGCUAGUGAUGCUACAUUCCUCCAGACAUACAGCGGUGCAGUGAGACGAGUGCAGCAGGCCCCUUUAAAGGUUAUUCCACAAAUCGCCUCUGGAACUCUUGUGGAUGUGGCCAAACAUCUGGGCAACCUGAGCUUUAACAUCUGGAACCAGAUGAAGGAUCUGGUGUCCUACACUCCAGUGGUGCUGGAUCCAAACACUGCUAAUAGAUCCUUGUUUGUGUCGAACAAUGUUCGAAGAUGA